AUGUCAACGUUUCGUCACCAUCCAGGACCAAGUGCACACAGGGGCCAGUCCGUCGGCCUCGUCUACGACGACCCCGUGCCCGGUGGCCACCCCCGCUUAGACGGCGCCGAACUCAUGUGGGCCGUCGCGCUGCCCGGCCCCGACGGCGCCAUAGAGCGGGGCCUACUGCCGUUCGGGCAUCCCAGAGGCGCGCUGGAUGUUGGCAACCUGGAUGUCGACGUCAGCAGUGACCUUGGCGGUGGCGUAACCGUCAAGGUCGACUUUGUUCCGCGAUCGGGAUCUGCUCAGUCACGCAUUGCUGCUCUACCAAAGUAUCCCAUGCUUGUGUACGUCUUGGAAGUUUCCAAUCCCAAGUUUCGACGGAUUUUGGAUCUCUUUUCAAGAAACCCAGUUGAGUAA